AUGGAGGAGUACAACCGAGAGAACGAAUCACCACCACGUGAUCGAUCACGCCGUCGACGCAGCCGAUCAUACCGCCGUGGACGCCGGCAUUCACGACACCGCCACUCCGGCAGAAAACGCCAUCGCAGUCCAUCCCGCAGUCUCAGCAGUAGUCGCAGUCCAUCCCGCAGUACUCGCAGUCGCAGCAGCAGUCGUUCAUAUCGGCGGCGGAGGCACAAUAAUAAUAAUAAUAAUAAUAAUGGGAUGGAUCGCCCCGUCUCGGACUGGCUCUGUGGUGUGUGCAGCAAUCCCAAUUCGGCGAAGCGGGAGGACUGUUUUCGCUGUGGGACGCCCGUGGCCGUGGCGAUAAACGCAACACCGUGUGAAGAACUGCGGAUCGCCGGCAUUCCAAACAAUAUCGACUUUGAAGAUAUUCAAAACGCCCUCCAGGCACACUUCGCGGCCCACGGGGAUACGUGUAAUAUCAUUGCAUACCACUUGGAUAACAACAACAACAAUGAUGGAAAGCCGCGGGACGCCCACGUGCUGUUCGACACCGUAGCGGAGGCCACGAGGGCCGUAACGUACGCCCGAUCGACAGUAUGGCUUGGCGAAUCGGCGUGUUCAAUGACAUUUGCACAGCGCCGUCGUGCCAAUCGGAAACCGCCCACAACAGCAACAACAACAACAAUAGCAGUUAACAACAACAACAACAUAUCAUCCAUUAACACCACCAGCACAAAAGACCAUCAAAGCGGUGGAGCGGGAUCUACGGUAGUGGAUGGGCUGCCAGUUCACUUGCAACCGGGUGUGUGGAAGCCAGUGUAUCAAUUCCCGUCGAAGGAGGCAGAGAAGGAGUACUUGGAUCUUCUCUCAAAGCAUUGGGAUAAGAUCUCGCAGCAGCAGAAGGACUACUACGACGAAGGAGUACGCAGAGCACUGUUAGCACAACACCGAAAGCAGCAACAAGAACAACAACAACAACAGGCCAAAAAUGUAGCUAAUUCCACAGGGAAGACUGUCGUUGGCCCUACAUCUACGACUACUACUACCACUAGUACUACUACUAUUAAUUCUAGUAAUAAUAAUAAUAAUAAUAAUAAUAAUAAUAGUAAUAAUAAUAAUAAUACCAGUAGUGCUUCUGCUUUGAAGUCUCAUAUUAUUGCUAAUGCUAAUGGUGGUGGUGGUACUAGUACGCUUGUUACUACCAGUACUGCUAUUAAUAGUUCUACUCCCGCUUCUACUAGUACUGCAUCCAGUGGUGAGUCAUCCGUGGAGAGCCUCAAGAGGCGUCUAAUGGAAAAGAAGCAAUCGGUACAAAAUGCUUCUUCUUCUUCUUCUUCCACGGAGCACACUACCCCAGCUGCUUCGCUUAAGGAAAGACUUGCCUUGAAAAGAGCACAACUCUCAUCCGCGGCAGCGAAGACGCCAUCUACACCGGAAACAGAAAAUGCAGCCACUGUAGGAACUUCUUCCGCCUCCGCUCCGAUAUCACUCAAAGAUGCUUCACCUGCAGCUCUCCAUCUUUUCUAUGGAUUUCCCAUUCCCGCACGGUUUCCAACAAAGACGGACUAUUUGACGAACUCGAAAUCACCAUCGUUUCGUGCCGGUGUGACGUUUCGCUAUGUACCUCCCGCUGUAGCUGAGCGAAUUUUACCACCUUCUGCGCGACCACCAACAGUAUGA